AUGGCAUCACGCACCGACGAAAAAGACCUAGCCAUCAACUAUCUCGAGAACGUCGACACUACAGACGAUACACAGUCAGACAAAAUCAACGAUGAAAGAAUCUCGGCCUUCACCCCCGAAGAACAGAAAAAGAUCAUCCGCAGAAUCGACCGAAGACUGGUCUUGACUCUGGGAUUUCUUUAUUGUGUCAGUUUGAUGGACAGAACCAAUACUGGCAUUGCUGUUGUGGCGGGCAUGGGUGUUGAUCUGCUGCUCAUCAAAGAUCGUUAUUCGAUUAUUGUGUUGGUUUUCUUUAUUCCUUAUAUCUUUUUCCAACCGCCGGCGACUGUUAUUUUGCGCAAAGUUGGCCCGAGGGCUUUUUUGCCGACCAUUACUUUGCUUUGGGGUAUUACUAUGAUUGGCAUGGCCUUUGUCAAGACCUGGACAACACUGAUUCCGCUACGCAUCCUGUUGGGCAUCUUUGAAGCUGGCUUCUUCCCUGGAUGUGCAUACCUUCUGUCGACUUGGUAUCCCAGAUACAUGCUCCAGAAGCGUAAUGCCGUCUUCUACCUCAUCGGCUCUCUCUCAUCCGCUUUCUCUGGUAUUUUGGCCUACGGAUUCAGCCAAAUGGCAGGUCUGGGUGUUGGCGAUGGACUCGGUGCUCACUAUGGCCCUGACAAACUCCACCCUACCCGUCCAAAGGGCAUUGCACCCGGUCUCGCAGGCUGGCGCUGGAUCUUCAUCAUGCAAGGCCUCAUCACCUGUAUCCUCGCCAUCGGCGCCUACUUCACCAUCGUCAACUUCCCAGAAAAAGCAGCCCACGUCUCUUUCGGCCCCAAGUUCCUCAAUCAAAAAGAAGUAGACUUUGUCGUUGCUACCAUCGAAAAAGAUCGUCAUGAUGCAACACUUGAAGAGUUCAAAGUCGGCCAAUAUCUGAAGUGUGCUGCUGAUCUCAAGGUUUGGGGUUUUGCUGCACUCUUCGGUCUCUCCACAACCGUUACCUAUGCCAUUGCCUACUUUUUACCCAUCAUCCUCGAAGUAGGCAUGGGCUUCAACAAACGCGAUGCCCAGUGUCUCAUCGCACCCCCUUACGUCCUAGCCGCCAUCGUCACAUUUGCGUUUGCGUGGUAUGCAGACAAAUACCGUAUCCGCUCUCCCUUCAUCAUCGCAAAUGCCUGUCUCAUGCUCAUCGGUCUCGGCUGCCUGGGCUUCGCAAAAUCAGUUGCUGUGCGCUACUUUGGUGUAUUCCUCGCCACAGCAGGUUGCAACGCAAAUGUUCCUGCCGUGCUCACCUGGCAAGCCAACAAUAUCCGCGGACAGUGGAAAAGGGCGCUUACCUCUGCUACCCUCGUCGGAGCUGGAGGUAUUGGAGGUAUUAUUGGCUCGACUGUAUUCCGCAAGCAGGACCAGCCUGGCUAUAGACCUGGUAUCUACGCUACAUUGGGGGCUAGCGUGUUGAUUAUCAUCAUCUCACUGUUGUUGGACCUCAAGUUCUACCGCGCCAACAAGAGGGCUGCUGCUGGAGGUAAGGUUAUUGAGGGGCUUCAUGGAUUCAGAUAUACUCUGUAG